GUUCCCCGUCCAAUUCCCUAUUCUCUUUUGCACAGCGAUAAUCCUGAAUUUCGAUCAUGGGUAAUAAAAAGUCAGGGCCCGAUGUAUUCGGUAAAGCUUUGGAAGAUACUCUCGCUAGAUCGGAGAAUGAGGGAGCCUCGUCUUCUACUCGGUCUCUCUCUCGAACUGCUAUACUCGAGGCAUAUCAUGAGCUAGAGAAACGUAUCAAAAGACCCUUCGCCUGUGGUGGUACUAUUGACAUCACUAAUAAACAAGAAUCCAGCCCAGCAGCCAAAAAGCAGAAAACAGAUGCGUCGCCGGGACAGGCCUCCCCUCCUGUCAACUUAUUCUGGGCUACGGAGGCCGAAUCAACUGCACAGAAACUAGUCUUGCCAUAUGAAAGUACUUCGGCACUCCAACAUCUUGUCAAAGAAUGCGUACCAGCGACGUUCGGAAGAGGUGAAGCGGAUGUCUUGGACCCUGAAUACCGAAGGGCAGGCAAAAUGGACCCCAACAACUUCGCUACCAGCUUCCACCCAGCCGACUUUGGGAUUAUUGAAAACGUGGAACGAGUCCUCCUUCCAAGCAUAAACACAGAAAAGCAAAACAGCUUAUGGUUUCGGAAGCUCCGUGCUGAGUUAUACAAUCUGAAUGUAUACUCUGGUCCAUCCGGCCUAUUUCGCAAACAUGUGGAUACACCGCGCUCUGAAAGCCAGAUCGGCUCGUUGGUUGUCUGUCUGCCUUCGAAGUUCAAAGGAGGGAAGUUCACUGUUCAACAUUCCGGACAGCAUAUUGAAUUUGACUGGAGCACCCUAAGCGAUGCUGCCAUACAGUGGGCGGCAUUUUACAGUGAUUGCGAGCAUGAAAUUGAGACCGUCACUGAGGGUGAGCGCCUUACACUGACCUACAAUCUAUACGUGACAGAACCGCUGGAUGUCUUCGCUGCGCCAACCAAUAUUAUACAACCCAAAUCAUUGCCUCUAUACGGCUUCUUGGAGGGUCUUAUUGCUGAGCCUGCUUUUAUGAAACUAGGCGGGGUUCUGGGUGUUUAUUGCUCCCAUGCUUAUCCCCACAGCUCUGAACACGCAAGUGAUAUGCUUCCAAUUGGUCUGAAAGGGGCAGAUUUGGUGGUAUACUCUGUGCUCGAAUCUCUUGGCAUGAAAGUGAAGGUACUCCCUGUUCUAAAACAUGGAGAACGGGGAGGGGAAAAAAUUGUUGGAAAGAAACUAUGGGGGAGCAGAAUGGAGGAUAGGGAGGUUGACGAGGAUAUGGGUGACGACGAACUUGAUGGGCUACUCGAUUCUGCCUGGAAGGCCUACCGCAUCAAAGGCAUCACCUGGAUCUCUAACCCGAAGCAUUCGGAGCUGGCGCUCACUUAUGUUGCUUACGGCAAUCAAGCCAGUCUCGGCACUGUUUACUCAUAUGCUGCCAUUCUUGCCAUCAUUCCCCCGUUCGACCAGCGAAGCGGUUCAGCGAAGUCAUCUUAGUCACAUGGGCAAGGAACUAAGUUAACUAACUGUUAUGAAGGAAAUAUCGGGAGCCGCCCCAGCAACGAAUUUCGAGCAUGACUUCGUACUUUCACUUCAAUCUUUACGGGACACAGCUGUUGCUUUUCUUAGAGCACCUCGGCGGGUACUAUCCUCAAUGUUCCCUUCAUUACAAUAUGGAUUGAUUGUAAAAGUUAGCAGUAUCGUUAGUUUGCAUUGAGAGUAGCUGCAGUCUAAUUGGAGUUUUUCAGUUCUACCCUAGUAUAUGCUGAGUUAGAUAUUAUAACUAGACACCGUGAAUUGGUGCCAGUAGAAAUAGGCAUGUAUCUAUCGCCAGUGAAAUGACCGAAAUCCAUAAAGGGCAAA